AUGAACAGACGUCUGUGGCUGCUUCACCGUGCCCCUCUCUUCCUCCACCUCUCCUGUAGGUUGCAGAACUACGACGCCACUUGCCGCCUGGCUCAGGAGAUAGCAGAGAACAUCCAUGAGAGGAACCGGCAGCAAAGAACGGGGGGAAACCCUGCAAAGGUUAACAUGACGUUGCGAGCGUCCCUUCAGAAACUCAAACAGAACAUUGCUCAGCUCAAAGAGGGCCUGUUGAGGAGCUCCUCAUCUCGGCGCAUAAUGCAGUCUGAAGCCGACAGGAGGCAGAACCUGAUCGACGAGCUGCUGACCAGAGAGAAGCGGCUCAACGCCUCCUUCAAACGAGACGCCGCAGAGCCUGAACCAUCCAGACUCCCAGUCUCUCAGGACCAAGGCCUGGAUGCUCUAGCAGCCGUCAUCAGCCGGCAGAAGAUAAUGGGCCAAGAGAUCGGCAAUGAGCUGGAGGAACAAAACG